AUGACUACGCUCGCAGCAAACGACCAGGAGAACGCCGUCCGCCAUCUGCACGCCGCCGCUGCAGGAAAGUCGCUCAAUGCCGGCCUCAAGGGCUUCAACGCCAAAACACCCGGAAACAAAGCCCCCAAGACGCCAUUCAAGAUCCCUCUCAACGACGAAAAUGCCGUCGGCAGAGCAGGAAACACCAAGGGCAAGGGCAAUGACCUCUUUACCACCAAGACGGGCGGCAAGAUAGACGCAAAUGCCUUUGUUACGCCAGCCGGUCCACGAACUCGCGCGCCGCUGGGCAUGAAGACGACCAACGCCAAGUCUAGGGCCUUCGCAACUCCAGCGCCUCUUUCUUCCGCUGGGAAGACACAGAAACUGAGCCCUCGCAUGCGCCGACCCAAAGUCAAGAUCCACCAGCCUGAAGUCGCCCAAGAGGACGAAGAUGACGUGCCUGAGGUUGAAUACAUGCCCCCCAAGGAGAUUCCGCUCCAAGAUGACAUGGACGAAUUCCUUCCCAAGGACUGGACCAUGCCCAAGAUCACCAACCAGGACAUGGUCCGCGGUAUCUGGCAAGCCUACCACAACCCAAUCGAGGACGACGGAAGGACCCGUGAGCAGCGCAAGUUUGAGGAGGAGAUACAGCAGGGUCGAAAAAAGCGUGAUGAGCAAAUGGAGAAGGUGCUCGCUGCCCAGAUGGCAAAGGACGAUGCUGAGACAAAGGAAUACUAUGGUAUCAAGGAGCCAAAGAAGGAGGCGCCCAAGGCACCCGCUGCGCUCAGGACGAGAACGACUGGACCAUCGACUAUGCGAGCCAGAUCUGCAGCUGCCGCUCUCUCUCCGCCAUCGAAGCCCAGCUAUGCUGCUCCAACCGCAGCUGCAAAGUCGCGUGUGCCCACUGGACUAGUCGCAAGCCGGAAGGGAGCAAAGACUCCUACCCAGCUCACAGCAUCUCGUCAAGCAUCCGCUGCAGCAGCUUCCAAGAGCACCAUCGGCUACGCUCAAGGCCGCGCCGGACGCGCUGCUCCAGCUGCUCGAAAGCCUCUCUCCAACGUUACCAAGCCAGCUCCUUUCUCCGCUGCUUCCCGACCUGCCUCCUCCACCCACAUCCGCAGUGCGAGCACCAACACGGGUACCAUGCGAUCUCGUGGUCCCAUGUCUCGUUGCAGCUCUACCGCCACCGACGCUACACUCGUCACACCUCCAGAGGAGGAGGAGGAGCCGCGCCGCACAGCCGAGGAUGUUGAGCGUGAGCUGGAGCUAUUGCUUCUCUCCCGCUCAGACGACGAGGACGAUGAUGCGUGGAUGAAUAGCUUCAACACCCAACUACAUGGUGCGGAUCCUCUCGAGGAAGAUCAUGAGAACUUCCAGCUCCAGCUCCCUGAAGGACUUUAG